CACUGCGUUGGGUUUCCAAACAAAAUCUGAAGUCUCGCGCUUAAAAUUUUGUAAAAAAUAAAGGAAACUUUGAACUGUUCAAAAAUAUAAACUCCAACCAUGCCAAAUAGUCAGGAAACAGGAACGGAUGCCGAUCGAAUGGAUGAUAUCAAAUUAAACAGCCGCGAUAGCGUCGCAUUGAAGGAUCUGCUCCAGAAACGACUAUCGGAGUGCGGUUGGCGCAAGGACAUCGAGGAAAUGAUUCGACACGCCAUCGAGGAGCGCAGUGUGUCCAAUUUGACCCACGAAGAAUUGGCUGCCGAGAUAGUCCCUCAUGCUCGCGCUCUGGUUCCCGACGUAAUUCGAAAAGAGAUGCUUGUGCGCGUGCGCGCUGCUUUGGAAUCCUCUUUGCCUUCGGAGGAAAACUGACUGCCCAACCAGAAUCCCAAAUCCACCUGAGCAUCUACGAUAGUCACACUGCCUGCACAUUUUAAAUUCUAGCACAUGGGUUUGUGGUUUAUUAUCUCGUAUUUAAGUAGAUAUUUACAAACUUAUGCUAGUUAUGAAUUGCGCCAUUAGUUAUACAAUAUGCAUGUAAUAAAUAAACAACCUAAUUAUAUUUA